UUCAGGUCAGUCAGCAAUAUUAUGACAAGCUCUUAACUCUGGUAUUUACUUCUAUCUGCUUUAAUAGUGAAAGCAGUCUAAACUCCCUCAGCUGGAUAAAGGAAUACAGUGAGUGAUUCUCACCUGUGUUACUGUGUUUAUUACAGUAGAUCUAAACGUGAAAGUGAAGUUUGAAAUAAAGGAGCCACUACAGAGAAACAGCACAGCAGCUCUUGGAGGAAAUGGCUGCUGCAAACCUGCUGUCAGAAGAAGCGUUUUCAUGUCCUGUGUGCUGUGACAUCUUCGGGGAUCCUGUUCUACUGUCGUGUAGCCAUAGUGUGUGUAGGACCUGUCUGCAGCAGUUCUGGGAAACCAAGGGAUCUCAAGAAUGUCCAGUUUGUAGGAGAAGAUCCUCUAAAUCUGACCCUCCCUGUAAUCGUGCACUAAAGAACCUGUGUGAGACUUUUCUAGAGAGCAGGAGUCAGAGAGCUUCAUCAUGGUCUGAGGUGCUCUGCAGUCUGCACAAGGAGAAACUCAAACUCUUCUGUCUGGAGGACCAACAGCCUGUGUGUGUGGUGUGUCAUCUUUCAAAGGCACAUAAAAAUCACAACUGCUGUCCAAUAGAUGAAGCUGUAUGUGACUUUAAGAAUAAACUCAAGAUCUCUUUGGAGCGUCUACAGCAGAAUCUGAAAGCCUUAGAGGAAGUCAAACAAACCUGUGAUAAAACAGCAGCUCACAUUAAGUGUCAGGCCCAGCACACAGAGAGGCAGAUAAAGGAGGAGUUUGAGAAGCUUCACCAGUUUCUAAGAGAUGAAGAAUCAGCAAGAAUAGCUGCACUGAAGGAGGAAGAGGAGCAGAAGAGUCACAUGAUGAGGAGGAAGAUUGAGGAGAUGAAUGGAGAAAUAGAAUCUCUAUCAGAUAAAAUCAGAAACCUACAGAAGGAGAUAGAAGCUGAGGACAUUCUGUUCUUACAAAACAUGAAGUUUACAAUGAAAGAAGUUCAGCACACCCCAAAGGAACCUGAGAAGGUGUCAGCACUUCUGAUCAAUGUUGCAAAACAUCUUUCCAGCCUGAAAUUCAGAGUCUGGGAGAACAUGCAGAAGAUUCUCCAGUACACUCCUGUUACUCUGGACCCCAACACUGCACAUCCACACCUCCACCUGUCUGAUGAUCUCACUACUGUAGAACAUAGACCACAGACAUCACUGCUUCCUGAUCAUCCAGAGAGAUUUGAGGUGUAUCCGUGUGUCCUGGGCUCUGAGGGCUUUAACUCAGGGACACACUGCUGGGAUGUUGAUGUUGGAGGCAGUGAGUACUGGGCACUGGGUGUAAUUAGAGAGUCUGAAUCAAGAAAGGGAUCAUCUGUCUGGAGUUCAGUGUGGAGUCUAUGCUACAGUAAAAGCAGUGAUGAAUACUGGAUAAGCUGCCCAGGACAGGCGGAUCAUGUCCUCACACCUACAGAGAAACUGCAGAGGGUCAGAGUGCAGCUGGACUGGAACAGGGGGAAAGUGACUUUCACUGAUCUUAUAACCAGUUCACACCUGCACACUAUAACACACACUUUUACUGACACAGUUUUCCCAAUUAUCUAUAGUUACAGUUCUCCUGUGAGGCUAUUGCCAGCAAAGAUAUCAGUAAUGAUAGAAAACCAGUCUGUGGUUUGCUGAACAUGUUGUCAGCGUCCACUGCAUGCGUAAGAUGUUGUAUAACCUGUAAGAACUCUGUAAGUGAAUGUUGAGUCUCCGCAGUAUUGAAUGGUUUACCAGUGUUUCCCAGUCUUGGUCCUCCAGUUCCCUGCACUCCACAUUGUAGUGUGUUCCCUGUAAACCCAGAGUGAGACUGGACCCAUUACAGACCAAAACAUUGAACACUGUGGAGCUGAAUGGAGCACUGCUACUACCUGUAUGUUUACACAAGGGUUUAUGUGGUCAGCGUUAGUGUUCAGAUGUUUUGUUUUUCUUUGACCUUCAUCCACAGAGGUGAGGCUGUGCUUUAAGGCCAGUAGGACUGAGACUCUCAUUUUAACUCAGUCUUAAACAGUAGACUUGAGAAUAACACCUGUGUGUGGAAAUGUGGAUUAUUUAUGACAGUUACCGUCUCAUUAAUCAUCUUAAAGUUGUAACUCAGGAAGAAGUGUGGGCUUGUUUGGGGGGUUUUUUUUCCUUUUUUUUUAGGAUUUCCUGUUUCUUUAGUAGAUUUUUCCCCUCUUUUAAUAUAUGUCUCUUUAUUCUGGACAAACAUUUAGGAAUUUGACAUUCUGAGUUAUGACUUUGACUUUGUUUUGUCAAACAAAUAUUUUCAAUAUAUCUACAUUCAUAAUUUCAUCUUCUUGAUAUAGGUAUCCAACUGUGUUGUUUUUAUAAUGAACAUUAUGUUAUAAUGUUCUUAUUUUUA